AUAAAAACGGGGGGGGGGGGGAGAACCGGGAGCUCUCGCGAGAUCGGCGCGCUCGGGCCUCCGCUUCCGGCGGCGGGAGCGGUGCAGAGUCAGCUGCGGGCGGGGGCGCCACCGGCACCGGCACCGGCACCGGCUCCAGGAUUUGGCCUCGCCGUCAGCAGCGCCGCCGUCACCAUGGGCAACAUCUUCGGGAACCUGCUGAAGAGCCUGAUCGGGAAGAAGGAGAUGCGGAUCCUGAUGGUGGGGCUGGACGCCGCCGGCAAGACCACCAUCCUCUACAAGCUCAAGCUGGGCGAGAUCGUCACCACCAUCCCCACCAUCGGGUUCAACGUGGAGACGGUGGAGUACAAGAACAUCAGCUUCACCGUGUGGGACGUGGGUGGGCAGGAUAAGAUUCGGCCCCUCUGGCGGCACUACUUCCAAAAUACCCAGGGGCUGAUUUUCGUGGUGGACAGCAACGACCGGGAGCGGGUGAACGAGGCGCGGGAGGAGCUGAUGCGGAUGCUGGCGGAGGACGAGCUGCGGGACGCCGUCCUCCUCGUCUUCGCCAACAAGCAGGACCUGCCCAACGCCAUGAACGCGGCGGAGAUCACGGACAAGCUGGGGCUGCACUCCCUGCGCCACCGUAACUGGUACAUCCAGGCCACCUGUGCCACCAGCGGGGACGGGCUCUACGAGGGUCUCGACUGGCUCGCCAACCAGCUCAAAAAUAAGAAGUGAGCAGGCGGCCGCCGGCCCCGGCCCCCCCUCCCCGCACGCCCCACCCGGCCCCCCAAACCCCCGGGGGCUUUGCCAGGCCCCCCCUGGCCGGCCGGGGCCACCCCUUCCCUGCGCCCCCGGCCGCCCCCUCCCCGCCCCGGUUGGGUUUUGCUUUCUUCUGGCACCGGUUGCUGUGGGGUUUUGCCUCUUUUCUCUGGGGUCUUCGCGGUUCCCCUCGGAUCUCGUGUGUGCGUGCGUGGAAAUAUAUCUAUAUAUAAAGUAUCUGGGGGGCCGGGGGCCCCCCCCUGCUGGGGCCGGGGGCAGAGCCCUGGGGAGGGGGACAGGGAAGGGGCCCACGCAGGGUCGGGGGCGUGCUGGGGCGCCUCGUUCCCGUCCCCCUCCCCGUGCAUGUCCCCGUCCCCCAUCCCCUUCCUGUGGACCAAAUGUGGGGGCCCCCAGGGCAGGCGUGGGGGCAGCGGGGCCUUGUGGGGAGGGGACAUUGGGACCACCCUUCACCCCCAGAACGUCUCCCAGCCCCGUAUGCCCCCCCCCCCACCCGGGGGUCCCACACGUCCCCAGCCCCCCGAUGUCACUUCGAGGCAGGUCUCCUCCCCGCGGCGCGACCCCCGGGGUGUGUGUGGGGGGGAACGGGGCGGUCCCUGCGGCUGUGCCCUCUCCCCCGGCCGCCUGCACCCCCACCCCAUGCCAGCAUAGUGAUUGUAUGUCCCUGCCCCUCACGGACGGACGGACGGACGGACGGCCCCGUACUGUAGCCCCCCGCCCCCCCCCUCCCCGGCACUGUAUUUAUACCCCUGGUCUGUGCUUGGUGUGACGUGUCGCUGCGGCUCUGCCCCGUCCGGGGACGUGUGUACUU